AUGCAUGACGAAGAAACGGAAGCGACGAGUGUCUUGGACGAUCCUGAAGCUGUUGCCACUGCCACCGACAAAUCUCCGAUGGAAUGCGCUUCUCCUGAUGACAUUACCAACCUCCAAAGCACGCCGACUGGAUCGCGGACGAAUAAUGAUAUGACCGCUACGGCAUCACGUCGAGAGAAGCGAAGGCUGGCUCGUGGCGAUAGCGAUGGGCCCUCAAAAAAAGUUAUGAUCCACCCAAAUUCAAAGGGAAAGCCAGCGAUGGUCGCGGGCGACGAUGAUGAAAUUGAAGUCCUCUGCGUGAAAGUGUCUGACAAGGAUCCGGAGAUGGACCCAGCUACUCUCGCCAUCAACAUUGAGAAGGAAGACUUUGUGCAAGAGUGGCUUUCGAAGGAGGACUUCACAAACUUUGAUGAUCCAGAGCUCGAGUCGAAUGCGAUAGACAGUUGUGACGAUGAAAGCGAGCUGCGGGUGUCCGACAGCGCCAACUCCCGCCUCCAACAGCUCAAGAAGGAAAUUGUCGAGUCGGCAAGAUCUCACGAAUCGGCAGGCACUCGUUCUUCGGCACAGGGGACCGACAAGGAAAACAAUUUCGACAACGAGGUCAUCGAACUCAGUUCCGACGACGACCUGCCCGGCGCA